CUGUGUGUAAAGCUGAUGUUCCUGCACCCUGUGGACUAUGGGAGGAAAGCAGAGGAGCUGCUGUGGCGGAAGGUUUACUACGAAGUCAUCCAGCUGAUUAAAACAAAUAAAAAGCACAUUCAUAGUCGUAGCACCCUCGAGUGUGCUUACCGGACUCACCUGAUUGCUGGCAUUGGGUUUUACCAGCACCUGCUUCUCUACAUUCAGUCUCACUAUCAGCUGGAGUUGCAGUGCUGCAUUGACUGGACCCACGUUACAGAUCCCCUGAUAGGUUGCAAGAAGCCAGUCUCUGCAUCAGAGAAGGAGAUGGACUGGGCUCAGAUAGCUUGCCAUCGAUGUCUCGUUUACCUGGGGGAUUUAGCUCGAUAUCAGAACGAAUUGGCAGGUGUAGACACAGAAUUGCUGGCUGAAAGGUUUUACUAUCAAGCUCUUUCUGUUGCACCACAAAUUGGGAUGCCUUUCAACCAACUUGGGACCCUGGCUGGGAGUAAAUACUACAACGUGGAAGCUACCUAUUGCUACUUGCGCUGCAUCCAGUCGGAAGUGUCCUUUGAAGGCGCUUACGGGAAUCUCAAGCGCCUCUACGACAAGGCAGCCAAAAUGUAUCACCAGCUGAAAAAAUGCGAGACACGGAAGCUGUCUUCCAGCAGAAAAAGGUGCAAAGACAUUAAAAGGUUGCUGGUGAGCUUCAUGUAUUUGCAGAGCCUCUUUCAGCCAAAGAGCAGUUCUGCCGACUCGGAGCUGACCUCCCUCUGCCAGUCAGUCCUGGAAGAAUUCAACCUCUGCCUUUUCUACCUGUCCUCCUCACCCCACACCAGCUCCACCACGGAGGAGGAGGAGGAAUGGGAGAACGGCUGCUCCUUCCUGCCGGACCUGCUCAUCUUCCGCAUGAUUGUCGUCUGCCUGAUGAGCGUUCACAGCCUCAAGAGGGCAGGCUCCAAACAGUACAGUGCAGCCAUUGCCUUCACCCUGGCCCUCUUUUCACACCUGAUUAACCAUGUCAACAUCCGCCUCCAGGCCGAACUGGAAGAAGGAGAAAACCCAGUUCCAGCCUUCCAGAACGACGGCACCGAGGACCCCGAGGUCCGGGAGUCGGCGAACUCAGUCGAGAGAGAAACGGAGGCCGACUCGGCCGUCCACCGAGCCCCAGGGGAACCCCGCCAGAACGACAGCCCAAAGGGCAAGAAGUACUCGCGCCUAUCUUGCCUGCGCCGUCGCCGCCGGGCCCAGAAGCUGGACGAGAGCGAUCUGAGCGAGGGCUUCGAUUCGGAUUCCAGCCCGGAGUCCACCAAAGCAAGCGGCGCCUCGGAUACCGGCUCCGAGAAGAGCGACGAGGAGGCCGAGGCGGCUUUUGACAUGGAAACCGAUUCCGACAUGAACAGCCAGGAGUCCCGUUCAGAUCUGGAGGACAUGGAGGAGGAGGAGGAGAACGGGACCAGGGGAGCCCCGGACUUGGGCCCUGGCCUUGCCAAGACGGACCCUCCAGAGCCCGUGGCCAACGGGCCAGGCUCCUUGGGCAGCAGCGAGGCCAGCAUCGCCAGCAACCUGCAGGCCAUGUCCACGCAGCUCUUCCAGACCAAGCGAUGCUUCCGGCUGGCCCCCACUUUUAGCAACGUCCUCCUCAAACCGGGCUGUGGGCCGCCCGCCCCGAAGGAAGCGGCAGGAGAUGGCAAGCCUUGCGUAAAUGGGGACGUGGAGAGGCCCGCUGCACCUGAGCCAGACGACGUUUCCGAGUCGGAAGAAAGCAUCUCCAGCAGCAGAUCCUGCCGGAACGAGCGUUCUCUCCAAGAGAAGCUGGAAAUCAUAAGUGGGGAAGGGCUGCUGCCGACGGUCAAGGUGUUCCUGGACUGGCUGAGAACCAACACCGACCUCAUCAUCAUGUGUGCGCAGGUGAGCGAGCGGCUCUCGGCCCCCCCUGUCUUCUCUCUUCUGCCCCCCUUGGGGUUGUUAAGUGAAUCCGGGUUGUUUCUCUCCAGCGAAGUGAAGACCAUGUUGCCGGUUUCCGAAGUUCCCGACCUGAGUACCUGCUUGCUCCUCCCAGAAGACGUGGCCCUCCGCAACCUGCCCCCCUUGAAGGGCGCGCACAAGAGGUUUAACUUUGAGCAGGACCGGCCUGUCCUUACUGAAGUGGAGGAGUCUGUAGUUCGCAUCUGUUGCAUUCGAAGCUUCGGCCAUUUCAUCACCCGUUUGCAAGGCAGCAUCCUGCAGUACAACUCCGAAGUGGGGAUCUUCAUCAGCAUCGCGCAAUCGGAGCAGGACGGUCUGCUGCAGCAGGCCCAGGCGCAGUUCCGCAUGGCUGCCGAGGAAGCCCGCCGGAACAGGCUGAUGCGUGACAUGGCUCAGCUUCGGCUGCAGCUGGAGGUGUCCCAGUUGGAAGGAAGUCUCCAGCAGCCCAAGGCUCAGUGCGUGAUGUCCCCGUAUCUGGUCCCAGACACCCAAGCCCUCUGCCAGCAUCUCAGCCCCAUCAGGCAGCUGGCCGCCAGCGGGAGAUUCAUUGUCAUCAUCCCACGGACAGUCAUUGAUGGCUUAGAUUUCCUGAAGAAGGAGAAUGCAGGAGCUCGUGACAGCAUCCGAUACUUAGAAGCAGAAUUUAAAAAGGGAAACAGGUACAUUCGCUGUCAGAAAGAAGCCGGGAAAAGUUUUGAGAGGCAUAAACUGAAGAGACAAGAUUUAGAUGCUUGGAACCUCUACAAGAUCCUGGACAGCUGUAAGCAGCUGACGGCCUCUCAGGGAGGCAGCGAAGACGACACGGCUGGCAUGGUGACCGUCAUCACCGGCUUCCAACUCCAGGACCCCAGCAAGCUUUCUGCUCCCAUGCAGUCCGCCAUCCAGGCAGCGGCCAGCGCCAGCAUUGAGAUCCAGAACGUGCUGGAGUUCUACAAGCACUGGAAGGAGAUGGGCUGA